UCUGAUUUCAUAGAUUUCAUAAUACGCCAUUUUCUUUGUGUGCAACUUGUGGUCUCAGAGCUGAGAUAAAUUCAUCGAAUAAUAAUUCAAUUUUGAAAGAAGACCAAUCAUGGCCUCACGAAAGAAAGUACUGCUCAAAGUAAUAAUCCUCGGUGAUUCUGGAGUUGGUAAAACAUCUCUUAUGAAUCAGUACGUCAAUAAAAAGUUUAGUAAUCAGUACAAAGCAACUAUUGGUGCAGAUUUUCUCACCAAGGAAGUCAUGGUUGAUGAUAGGAUAGUUACCAUGCAGAUUUGGGACACGGCGGGACAAGAGAGAUUCCAAUCACUGGGUGUUGCCUUCUACAGAGGCGCUGAUUGCUGUGUUCUUGUUUUCGAUGUUGCAGCACCCACUUCCUUCAAGUCCCUCGAUUCAUGGAGAGAUGAAUUUCUCAUUCAAGCAUCUCCGAGAGAUCCCGACAAUUUUCCGUUCGUUGUUUUGGGGAAUAAAAUCGAUUUUGAAAAUAGAGCUGUGUCGAUGAAAAGAGCACAACAGUGGUGUCAGUCUAAAAACAAUAUUCCAUAUUUCGAGACUAGUGCGAAGGAAGCUAUCAACGUGGAACAGGCAUUUCAGACGAUAGCGAAGAAUGCUCUUGCCCAGGAGAGUGAAGUGGAGCUUUAUAAUGAAUUCCCUGACCAGAUCAAACUCACUAACGACCAAAGGACCAAUGAAAAGGGCGACUCAUGUGCUUGCUAGGGUAACAGCAACGAGUUUUCCACGAGUUAAGCAAAAACUGGAACAUAAUAACUAUUUAAAAAUAAUACAAAGAAAUACAAAAAAGAUAAAGUAACGGUAACGCAGAUCAGAUUGUACGCUUCGUGAGAAUCUGUGUGCGUUGCGAGAGACUCGAAUCGAAUCGUGAGGGUAGGGAAGAUUAACCAAAUUUUUAUGCCAUUUGGAAGUGGAAACUGGGAGUGACACGUCUAUACUUCACUGCGUCAUUUCAACGCAGGAUAUCAAUUCAACAUUUUCUUUUGCUCUCAAAAUUAUUUGAUCCCGGAGUCUUAUUGUUUGUUUUGGAUGUCUCAUAUUGAAAUGUUCCGAUGCGUUUAUUUCUGUUUACAUUCUGAAUUUCCUCUGGCUCGAUUGGAAUUCCGAGGAUACAUUCUGUCACUUUUUUGUAUAUUAUAUUCGCCGAAUCAAAUCUCUAUUUGCACAUUUAAAAAUUAUAUUGUGAUGCCUCGAAAUGUGUUGACAUGAUAUGCAUUGAGGUGACGUGUUGAAUUUGUUUUUUGAAUUAUAGACAUGGAACCGAAAUUCGGAGGUGUAAGAAAUGAAUGAAUGACAUCCUGUCUUGAAUACUUCUAUUUCCAUCGAGAAGAGCACCGAAUUACGUAAAUUAUGAAUUUAAAAUGAAAAUCUUUGUUCACAAGUUAUUUCGAGUGAGAAAUCUUUGAGAGAAAACUCGAAUUGAAAUCCCCCGAUUCAGUGGAACGAAAAAAUGAAUUUGAAGAGAACAGGGGAGAAUUAGUGGACGUAAGGAUAAAGAUAAUGUACGAAUUUGGAAUUUCUGGGGCCCUGGAGGAUUCAGGACGAAUUUUAAUCUUGUCUGAGGAAAAAAAUAAUUCAGACAAUAUUAUGAGACUAUUUUUAUGCCAUUUAAUAAGAAAAAUCUAAUUGUUAUUUUUUUUUUGUAAAUCAAUCGGAAAAAUUGUAAAUGUUACGGCGAUUUGCCCGGGCACCGGAGAUUUCAAUAAUCGGAAGUCUUAUUGUUUUUAGAAUGAGAAAAUAAAUGAAUUAAAUGGAAUAAUGAUGUUCACACCCACAUUUUUCACAUAUCGUAUACCUGGUAGAUGAUUCACUGAUUACGUUCUAUUAUUUUGUACAAUCUGACUGAUAUUUCUGUAGAGAAAAAAAUACCCCCCACAUUUGCUCAUUCUGAACGAAAUUGGAGAAGCAUUUUUUAAAAUCAAUUGAAAUUAUCAUUUUUCUGGAGUAAAUUGAACGGUGAGAAGGUGUAUGUGAAUCACUAGAUGUAAAUCUUUCGUAUGGUGAGAGUAAAUCCGAAAGAAACUACUAAAGGAUCAAUAAAUCUGAGCACGUGAGAUUUUCAGUACGUACAGACACGCUUUGAGAUUUAGGGCUAAAUAAUUUUUUUUGUGAGACUUCAGUUAUUUUUGGUGUGAAAAAUCCUUUCGACUUAUUUAAUAAUCAAACACGUGCCUGUAUGGACGUCAACACACAUGUAUAUAAAUAUGAUAAUCAUGACGAUUGCGAUUAUAAUUAAUUAAUAUAAUUUUAAUUAUUGGAAGGAAAAAUCAUGUUAAUGACAGAUAUUAUAAAUACUAUCAUAAUUGCUGCUGCUAUGAAACUACUAUUGCUACUCCUAGAUUUAAGUAAAUGAAAAUAAGAAAACUACAUUUAUUGCAAA